AUGCCGCCCCGCAAACAGACCGGCCGUACCCCAGGACGUCCUCGCAAGAACCGUCCCCCUGCAGAAGUCGGCUUCAUGCAGUGGAUGAACAAGGCGAGUGGCGCGGAGGCCGAGAAAUUUUUGGCAGAGAUUCCGGAAGCGCAGCCACCCAAGGUCGCGCCCAACGAGUUCGAGUACGAGGACUAUGUGAAGUCGUUGAAGCCGCCACCGCACUCGCAGGCGUACAAGGACUACAUGAACAGCUACCUAAGUGGCGCGACCGAUCCGUCGCUGCUGGACGAGCCGAUGGAGGAAGAGCCUGAGGUGGCGGACUUCGAUAUCAACGAGUACCUCAAUCUGCCGGAGAGCCCGAAGGAGGUUACCCAGGGUCGUCCUGAUCCUCCUCCGAGUGAGGGCACCAGCGAGCUGAGGUGUAGUGGCGACAGCGGCAUCGACCAGGGAACCGGUCCCUCCCAGGUGCAGGCGGUCGCGUCUGCCGCUCCUGGCGAAUCUGUCACUGAUAAUGGUCCUCAAGCGGCCUGCAUUCCGACGGCCUCUCUCCCCGACGAAAGCGCCAUGGAAGUCGAUACGCCCGUGCGCCCUGCCACCGCAGCCAUCGAUGCCACCGCCCUUUCUCUACACCCCGCCUCGAGCCCGCAACCUACCCCAAAAGCAACCCCUAGCUCAUCUUCCUCCCGCCCACGCAGGACUCGCGCCGCGCGAGGUAGAGCACAGUCUAUGAGACAAUCUGCGCGCGCAUCUAAAGCUGCUACUCAGCCUCCCAUUGAACAGCAUAAGACGAACCCCAACCCCGCCUACUAUCGCGAGGACAGCGCACCUCCUAUACUCGAUGAUCCCAGUCACGCGCCUGGCACGUACUAUCGCCCGCCAAGGGUAGCCUAUUUUCCAGCGACGUGCUUAAACGGCCAUGCGAUGGUGGGCUCGAGCCGGUCCCAGUCUGCCAGCUCGAUCUACGACCAGCCGCUGGCGUCGACAUCACACCAAGCGACGAACGCAAUACAAACUGAACACAAUGUUGCCUGCCUCCCUCCACCUGGCACAUAUCGACUGUCCGACAACUGGAUAGAGGUCGUGUCCUCCAUCCCAAGCCCGCCGAGCUCCCAAGCAUCGUCUUCUACACCAAGCCCUCUGAGCCACGCCUCCACUCCGCCCUCCUCUACCUCAAACACCCCCCACAUCCCACCCUCCCACUCCCUCGGCCCGCUCGCCUUCGCCCGCUCCGACGACACCUUCAUGCGCGCGGUCGCGAACGGGACGCCGCACCUCGUCCCCGUCCCCACGCCCCAGUACGUGCCCUGUCAGUGGGUGCACUGCACCGACCGCGCGUGCCCGACGCCCUGCGUGCGCCACGCGUGCCCGACGCCCUGCGUGCGCCAUGCGUGCCCGAAGUGGUUCGACAGGGCGCUGUCGCGCAGCGAGCUGCUGGUCGACAUAUACACGCAUUUCGCGCUGUUUGGGUACAACCAGGAGCAGCUGGACGCGAUCGCGGUGCGCGUGUAUGCGGAGGUGGUGGGGUCGUAGGUUGUGGAGUCGUAGGUGGUGGGGUCGUGAUGGGGGCUACUGAGCUUUACCCGCGAUUCAGAGUGCGAAGUCUACGACGUGAAGUGCGCACGAGCACGCGAACAACGAAGGGAGCCGGUCUCUCUUCACGAUUUCCUCUACGACUUUGACAACAUGUCCUGAUGUUCCCCAUCCCUUUCUCAUUUCUUGUAUCCAUACCCUCAUCCGCU